GAGUCGGGGAGUCCAGACAGCCUGGGAGAGRAACAGGAGUUGGGGCCCGAGUGGGAGAGAGCAAGGAGAAGUCUACUCAGCCAGGGCGUGUCCUAGACCCUCUUCAGGAGGUGAGGACAAGCCGGAGGUCUUGCUGUGCCCCCAGAAGUCUACCUGAAGGUCUCAUCCAGCCACUCUGAGGAUGGAGCUAUCCACCCGGGAGCUGUUUCUCAACUUCACCAUUGUCCUGAUUACAGUCCUCCUCAUGUGGCUCCUUGUGAGGUCCUAUCAAUACUGAGAGGCCAUGCCUCAUUCCUGGGACUGACUGAGAUGCUCUGGAGCUGCCUGCUGCAUACCCUGAGGUCCCACUGCUGUCACUGUCAUGGGAGGCCAUUCUGGACACCCCAUGGCACCUCUGAUCUGCACUCACAAUGCCUGACAUGCCCCAGCACUAGGAUUGAUUGUUUUCUCUAAGAUGCUACUCUCGCAGGCUGCCAAGUGCUUGCCAGUGAGUGUGUGGUUUAUUCCCCAACUCUUACUGCAAAUGUGUCAGACAAGCCUCAAGGUUAAAAUUAAACGGGAUUCAUGAUGAUGUAGAAUUAUAACAAGCCCCUGAUCUGUCUCACUGCACAUCCCUCCAACCCACACUGUCUGCAACCAAACUCUAAUUCAACCCUCUAGAAGAAAUGUUAGAGGAAGUCUUUGUCAAUCUCUCCAGCGAUCAUGUGAAUAAAGUUAAGUCAACCACAAAAACA